AUGAGACCGUGGGGACCCAGCACUCUUCUCCAGGCGGCAUGGUCUGUGUCGAUGCGAGCAUUGAAGUUACCGAGGACAAUCAACUUAUCCGCCUUCGAUACAGUCGCAGGAGGGCGUGCAGGUCCUCGUAUAAUUCGUACCUUGUGGCAUCAGGGCUGAUCAUUGGUGGAGCGUGGACACUGACGAUGAUGGCGAAUGGGCCUCCCCGGAGAGGCGGGCGGAGGCUCAUCAGGCGAUCGUUGAUGCCCUGCGGCAGACAGGACAGUCGUCCUAUGAUGCCGUUCCGGAUAGCAAAAGCGACGCCCGCUUUCCGUCGGUCUUCCUUGUCUCGACCGGUUCAGAAGAACGUGUAGACGGCACCAACCUCCUCCAGUUUUCCUUGUUCGAAGAACCGGGUCUCAAUGAGUGCAGCGAUGUCCACCUUGUAAUUCGCCAGUUCCCGUGCCACUAG